AUGUCUCUUUUAGUGCGACGCAUUCUCUGUCAAAUGCCACGACGUUUUUCUACUACGGGUGCGUUACAUGCACAAGACUUUUCGUUUCCACAAGGACUCCAAGGCGAGAUUGCCAAUGGUGCCGGUAAAGACGCAAUCUGUCAACUGUGGUUAGAAAAAUGUAAACUCUACGGUUAUAACAAUUGUGAAGAACGUCUUGAACAGUUAUUAAAAACCGCACCUAACCCAAAAUAA